AUGGCAUUUUAAUCAAAAAGUGAUUAUAUCUUUGGAGCAUACUCUCCUUGUAAAUGGGAAUCAGAUAAGGGCCAUGUAAAAGAUAAUACAUUAUCAUCUUUUAUAUUUUCAUAAACUCAUGAUUAAGUUUAUCCUUUGAAGUCAAGUUAUUAAUCAGAAGCUAUUUAUUGUCAUUCAAGUUACGGACCUACAUUUGGGUCAAGUUAUUGCUAGUUUAUUAAAAGUGGGCACGAUAUUCAAAUAAGUAGUAACUUUACUGAUGGUUAUUCUAAUUUAGGUCAUUCAUAUGAAUUUAAUUAAUACAAGAAUGGAAAUGGUGAUCCCUAUUUGUUUGGAUAAAAUCAACCAUAAAUAAAAGAAUGUGAGAUUUAUGUAGAUUUUGGAAUAAAAUGA